ACCUACCCUUCGUCUCCUCCAACCGAUCCAAGCUAUAAGAACCCACCCCACCCCCUGCCCUCCUCCCCCCAGGCAGGCAAGCAAGCAGGGCGCGGCUAGCAAGUGUGAUCAUCCUUGAUCAGGCUUGCUAAUUACCCCUUCUCGUUUCUUCCUCGUCUCCGACAGACGGCAGCUAGUAAUCCUCGACGAGUCGUGAUGGAGAUGAAGAAGGUCGCCUGCGCCGUCCUAGUGGCCGCCUCGGCCACCGUGGCCCUCGCCGCCGAUGCCCCGGCGCCCGCACCCACCAGCGCCUCCUCGGCCGCCUUCCCAGCCGUCGGCGCGGUGAUCGGCGCCUCCGUGCUCUCCUUCUUCGCCUACUGCCUUCAGUAGAUUGCUAGAGGAGGAUCGGAAGCAUGCUGCUUCUGGCUGCGGUUGAAUUCUAUUUAUGUUUUAUCCAAGUACCUUAAUUUGGGUUUAAUCUGGAUUAUUUGACCAUAAUGAUUGAUCCACUCAUUUGAUUUUGCUUUGACGUUUCUUCCCCCCUCUAUGUUAAUUUCCACCUGUAAAGAGGGGAGGAUCGGAGGCGCUAUUUGUUUGGACAUGAAAGUUGGAAAUUAAUCAAUAUACCCAUUUGUUUGACUUGUGCUGUUA